AUGUAUUCUGCACUCGACAUCGACCUGCGACCAGGACACGGCUUUGGGAUCUUUGAAAUAGGCAGUUCCCUCUGGACCCUCCUCGACACGCUCAGACGGCACCCCAACGCAUACCCUCAGAUCGACAUAAAGUAUGACCCCGAUGCCUCUUCAAUAACGCCCGUCAUCGUCCACAUCCGACCGCACCUUGAUCUGCUCUUCUCCGGGAGACACCAGCGCCUGUCCACGAUCUGUAUCCGCAAGCUGCGCGACCCGAACCCGUCGGUGACGGUGCAGUACAAAGACACCGUGCUCUCGUCCCAGACGGAGGUCCUGCGCCGAGUAACAGUGAGCAAGGUCUUUGGGCCAACGUACCCCAUUCGCGGAUCGGACGAGCUGCGCUACCCUGGGAUUUGGUUUAGCUUUGACGAAGAUGGACUGGAGACGCACCCUGCUGGAGAUCGGUUGCAGGAGGUGAAGAGGAUCAUUAUCUUCCAGAUUGGACCGGAGGGAUCGAAUACAGAACCUUCUACUGCGCGUGACGCUCUGGAGGAGGUUAGUGAAUGUCUUGUCAUGACUGGAGAACUCGCAAAAGCUGUGGUGAAAGUCCAUGAAGGUGUUACGCUGCACUUUCAUCCUCUGGCGACAACGGCACCACUGCAUAUCCGACUAGGAGAGACUACAGCGCAAGAUCUAACUCUUGACCUUGGACCUCCGCUGCGCGUACACUACAAAGACGAUGAACGAAUGAAGAUUCAUUCCGCUGUGGAGAAGAACGAUGAAACUGGCUAUUUCUAUAAUUACUUCCAGCACGGGAUCGACUUCCUAAUAUCUGAAUCGACGCAUACGGUGCGGAAGGUCAUCCUUCAUACCAAUGUGCCGGGAUCCCCACUAUUCCAACGGUAUAAACGAUGUGCUUGGGAGAUAGAGGGUAGACCCGAAGAUGAUGAAGAUGAUACACCACCGCGGAAACGAUUUUUCGACAGGUUCGAAACCAUCAGCCACUUCCUGAACCCGCGACCGCCACCAUCGCCACGACGCAUGGUGCUCGACAGAACGGACGAGGAAGAGCACCUGAACCUACCGAAUUCCGAGACACAGUUGCACGGCUUCGAUGGAAUCAUUCUGGAAGUCUUUAACUCAUCACAAGUUGUAUCUGUAACAUUGUUUUGA